AAGUAAAGCUGUCAACGUCUUAAAUGAAUGGACGAGACUCUUCUACCACAUCAGUUCAAUAUUACUAUUUUGCUGCUUUGCAUUUCGUGAAAGUCAUAAUUUAUAUUUUCUGUUAUACAAAAUAAUUUAAAAUGCAUAAACCCAGGCUGUUUCAUUUAUUACUUUUCGUAGCAGUUCUACAAACAGUUUUAGCAUUAAGAGAAGGCGAAUGCGAAGUCUGUGUAAAAACUGUAGAUAAAUUUGCAGCCACGUUAUCAGAUGACGUUAAAAAGGACCCAAAACUCAUCGAAGCAGAAUUUAAAAAGUUUUGCAAAGGCACAAAGAACAAGGAAAAUCGUUUCUGUUAUUACUUGGGAGGAUUAGAAGAGUCCGCCACCGGCAUUUUAGGAGAACUUUCGAAACCUCUCAGUUGGUCGAUGCCUUCGGAUAAAAUUUGUGAGAAACUGAGAAAAAAGGACGCUCAAAUUUGUGAUCUGCGGUUUGAUAAACAAAUUGAUUUAAAUAAUGUCGAUCUUAAAAAACUUAAGGUUAGAGAUCUGAGGAAGAUUCUGAAUGAUUGGGACGAGGUCUGUGAUGGUUGUAUCGAAAAAACUGAUUUCAUCAAGAGGAUAGAGGAACUUAAACCGAAGUACAUGGGCAGAUCUGACUUGUAAUAAGCCCAUUUUGUAGAGCAAUAGCAGUUUUGGACAUGUGAUACCUCAUUUGAGUGUGUAAAUCAGCAGAAUUCCAAGGGAUUAUUAACUUGUUGCGUAAGAUGUGAUUCUGUGGGUGUAUGCAUGAGAGUUGUAUGCAUUUAUGGUAGAAUAAAUUAUUAAUAAAAUUUAAGUAAUAUUUUUUUCA